CCAAGGUCUCCCCGGAGCCUUCUCUUCUCCAGGCUGAACCGCCCCAACUCUCUCAGCCUGUCCUCACAGCAGAGGGGCUCCAGCCCUCCCAGCAUCUCCGGGGCCUCCGCUGGCCCCUCUCCAACAGCUCCGUGUCCUUCUGCUGUUGGUGCCCCAGCGCUGGAGGCAGCACUGCAGGGGGGUCUCCCCAGAGCGGAGCAGAGGGGCAGAAUCCCCCCCUCACCCUGCUGCCCACGCUGCUGGGGAUGCAGCCCAGGCUGCGGGGGGUUUCUGGGCUGCCGGCGGCACGUUGCCGGCUCAUGUUGAGCUUCUCAUCCAACAUCCCCAAAUCCUUCUCCUCAGGGCUGCUCUCCAGCCAUUCCACCACUUGUGGCUGCCCCAACCCAUGUGCAGGACCUUAUUUUAUCCCAUUUUGGAGGCGGGAGGGGGAUUGCGCUUUCCGUAAUUUCUGAAGGUGUCCUGGUUCUUCCUAGCACAGCAGCUGCAUGUGUAGAGAUGCACGUAUAUAGGUGCAGUCUGUGUCACUCCUCUGCUAAUAACUUUAGUCAGAGACGUCAAGGACAUUCACUACUUGUGUGCUGCAAGCAGCAGAGAGAUGUCCCCGAAGUGGCUGAACUGGGGGCCUGCGUGCUUUUAACAGGCUUCCAGCAACCCACGUUAGAGGGAAUUAGAGGAAUUCUCUUGGCGUGGGUCCCUUGGCUGGCCCAAUGACCUCGCUCCUUGUCUCUUGUUAUUUAAAUUUUUUUGCAUUUUCUUCUAAAUCUGCUGCCUGCGUUGUAUGUAUUUGUUGGAGCUGAACAGAGAUGGGCUUGUCCCCGCUGUCCUUUUAUGCCUGUCCCAGCCAGCAGCCACCCCAUCGCCUUGGUGAAGACUUUUUUGGGUUAUUCCCCUGGUUUCCCAUGGCCUGAGCAGCACAUGGGAUGCUCCAGUGCUGCUGCCUGGCCGGAGUUCCCUGGGAGGUCUCUGCACGGUCCCCUCCAUGCGCUGAACUUCCCUGUGCUUGGGCACGGGGCUCAAACUUACGCCCUGAAAAGCACUGAACCUUCUUGUGUGGGUAAAGAGGUGCUUAAGGAUUUGCUGUAUCUGCUUUCAGGCAGGGAGACUGUUAUUAUAUUUUACUUUUUUUUAUGCUAUCUAUAUAGUUUUAAUUGUUCCUGAAGGUUUGCAGUAAUCCUAAAAUGUAAAAGGCAAUAGGUAUUUUCCUUGGCAGCUUUCUGAUGUUACUCAUAAAGAAAUGAGAGAAUGAAUUUUAGAGCUAAUUCGGAAACAUUCACAGAUGUUAAAACAGCUUAAAAAGGGAUCAAAUAAACUCAAGUUAAAAGGAAAAAAAAAAAAAACCAAAACCCAACCCAAACCUUCCCUCUGAUGUUUCAGACAUCAGCUCCCAACCUUGCUGGGGAUAAACCCAUUUUCAGGCAGCAGUGGGUCUUUGACUGAACAUCUUUAUUGGGGAAAGAGCCGGAUGGUCAGAAAUUUAGUUAUACCAAGAUUUUGCUGGAAUAAACUCUUCCGUUUGAGCCAGCAUCCGAAGAUGCCACAGGUUGUUUUCUGUCACAAGAAAUGUAUCGUAAUCAAGUCUGUGGAUGCUGUAGUCUUCCCCUGUGCGUGUGUUGCCACUCGAUAACGGUGCUCUGACCUCCGAGAGCCCGUCCCCUCACUGCUGCAGCCCCCGGGGGCUGUAAGGGACACCCAGGUACGCAGGUGGGAGAUGGAAAAUUAACCCCAGCUGAAGUGUCAGGUGUUCUGCGCUCCUUUUGGGUUUUCCCAGUGGAAUUCAACAGGCCUACAACCUGGGAGCUCAUCUUUGUAGGUUUUCUUACUUUUAUUUUUUUCCUUAGUUCUUAGGAGGCAAAGUGGUGCCAGUGGCUUUCAAAGCCCAGGAACGGCAUCCACCAGUAUUUUAAUUUUUGUUUUAUUUUUUUGCAGCUUUCUGGUCGGUUUGUGUCCGUAUUACUUUGGGGUUAUUCUUGCCCGUGAUGUGAACCAAUAUCAGCCUAACGUGCGUGAACUUAAUCUUCAGCCGUUUUAGAUGCAGAUAUUGCUGUGUCCCAGAAGGACUUUAAUGAAGGUGAAGCCCUGCCUGGCUCAGGAGCAGCGUCCCCGUGAUGGAUGGGCAUCCACCGUUACCCGCUGCGUGGACAAAUUUAGGGUUUCCUUUAUUAUCAUCUUUUCCUUUAUUUAUCACCUUUUGCUGGGUGCAGGGGGGGAUCAGUUGCUUCCCAGCCCUGGAAAUAUCAGAAUUUCUGGAAAUGAAAGGGCUCAGCUUGGGAUGGGUGGUUUCCCCAUUGUGUCCGAUUAAUUUUUUUUCGGGCUGUCUUGCAAUAGGUUGAAACUUUCUUAAAACAGAGUAGCAAUAAAAACAGCCGGCGUUUGCAAGCGCGGUAGAAUCCCCAUGGGAGAGGCUUUUGUGGAGAAAGCCGCGGGGCCGUCCCCUGGGCUGUCGUGUUACAGCAGUUGCCAACAGCAGGAGCGGGUUGACUCGCAUCUUCCUUUUAAAAUACAUCGUUUACUGUAACGUCAGGAUUUAAAGGUGCCAUUUGUACCAUCCUUCUCCAUCAUUGGGUGGUAGGGACAUCAUAAUGCAAAGAAAUACAAAAUAUUAUUAAUUUAACCAACAUAUAAUUAAUAUAAAGCCAACAGCGCCCUUUGUUUGGCGUCUUUACCAGCUAACGAUGGGACAAAGCGCCCACGACCUUGGCGCUCGCAAAAUGAGCAGGAGCGGUGAGACCAGGCUCUGCCAAACUGGAUAGAGAAAUUUGAGGGGAAAGAAGGAAAACCAGCCGUAAUUUUUAAUUUUGUUGCCCCUCGCUUGUGCCCUUCAUCCCUGAAUGUGUUGUGCCUAUUGAAUAUAUUUCACAGACGCCGUUCAGGGGUGGUGCAGAAUGCUUCAGCAUCAAGCGCUCUAAAAACGUCAAGUAUUGUUAGCUGUUAUGCUAACGUGGAUUUAUUUAUUUAUUGGUGGCAGUUAUUUGUCCUGGCGUAAAAUACAAAUGAAAUGCAAGGUCUAAGUGAUGUUUCUAAUGGGAGCAGCUGCUGGAUGCCGCAACUGCCGACAGGGGAGCUGAUCACAGCCGCAUAUGAGCUUGGAGUCGCCCACCCUCCCGGCUACCCCCUCUUCACGCUGCUGGCCAAACUGGCGACGGGGCUGCUGCCCCUGGGCUCCCCUGCCUUCCGAGUCAAUCUCCUCUGCGGCUUCCUGGGAGCGGCUGCCGCCUCUUGCCUUUUUUACACGGUUUUCAGGCUUUCUGGCUCAUAUGCUGGAGGAAUCCUUGCUGCGGGGGUGUUUUCAUUUUCUCGUCUAACAUGGCAGUGGUCCAUCACGGCGGAGGUUUUUAGCUUAAACAAUCUGUUUGUGGGGCUGCUGAUGGCUCUCACUGUGCGUUUUGAGGAAGCAUCCACCGCAAAAGAGAGAUCAAAGAUCUCUAAACUUGGUGCCUUUUGUUGCGGGCUCAGCUUGUGCAAUCAGCACACGAUAGUGCUUUAUAUCGCUUGUAUCGUGCCUUGGGUUCUGUCCCGGCUAUUCGGAAAGACGGAAUUGUCCCUAGGCCAUUUGCUGAAGUUGGGUUUAUGCUUCUUGGCUGGUUUGCUGCCUUAUCUCUAUCUGCCGGCUUCGUCCUACCUCAAUCGAGCCCGUUGGACAUGGGGAGACCAGACGACUUUUCAAGGAUUUUUGACCCACUUUCUCAGGGAAGAAUAUGGGACAUUCAAUCUGGCCAAGUCCGAGACAGGAUCCAGUAUGAGAGAGAUGCUGGUUUUCCAGCUGGCGCAGAUGAAGUCGGAGCUCUCCCUUCCCGUCCUCGCCCUGGCGCUCAUGGCCUGUGUGAGCACAGCACUGCCGAUAAAGCAGCAGAAAUCACCUGUGAUCUGGCUGUUUGCUGGAAUGCUCUGCCUUUAUUCCCUUUUCUUCGCUUGGAGAGCAAAUUUGGAUAUUACAAAACCUCUGUUUCUGGGCGUGGUGGAGCGGUUCUGGCUGCAGAGCAGUGCGGUGGUGGCUGUGCUGGCGGGCCUGGGGCUGGCCGCGCUCGCCUCGGUCGGGAACGCCGUGCUGGAGGCCAGCCGGGCAAUGCCGUGGAUGGAGUGGCUUUCCGCUCUCGCUCUUGUCACUUCUCAAAUUUGGGCAAAUUACAGCGCUUGUGAUCAGAGCAACAACUAUGUUGUUGAUAAGUUUGCAAGGAAUCUGCUGUCCUCCAUGCCGACGGGUGCAGUGAUCUUGCUAAGAGGAGACUUACCCGGGAACGCUCUUCGUUAUCUUCAUUAUUGUGAAGGGAUGAGGCCAGAUAUCACCUUAGUGGACCAGGAGAUGAUGACUUAUGAAUGGUAUUUACCCAAGCUGGCAAAGCAUUUACCUGGCGUUUAUUUUCCUGGGAACCGGUGGAAUCCUGUGGAAGGAGUAUUACCCGAUGGGACGCUAGCUUUUAAUCUCCAUCGUUUCCUCAAAGUAAAUAAACACAAGGAAGUGUUUGUCUGCAUAGGUCUUCAUGAAGGGGACUCAACCUGGAGAAGGAGCUAUUCGCUUUGGCCGUGGGGUACGUGUGAAAAGCUGGUUCCUUCCGAUGUUGUCUUUGACCCAGAAGAGUGGAUUCAUCUUACAAGAAAUCUCUAUAACUGGACUGAAGAUUACGGCAGUUUCAAGCCCUCUUCCUGGGAAGCUGUCGCCAACGAGGAGAUGUGGCAAGCCAGGAUGAAAACAGCUUUCUUUAUAUUUGACCUUGCAGAAACUGCCAGUGUGACUGCGGAAAUGAAAUCACAACUUUACACCUUGGCAUACACCUCGUACAAAGAAAUUGUCAACUCUCAUCCAAAUCACCCGGUGAACUGGCACAAAAACUACGCCAUCGCCUGCGAGAGGAUGUUGCGUCUCCGUCGGGUGGAUGAGGAUCCUGAAGCGUUGCUCUCCGAAACUGUGAAACAUUUCCUUCUGUACGCCCAGAAAGCGGAGGAUGAUCCCCAGCGGCAGGAUAUUCUGCAGGCAGUGAAGCACCUGAAGAAAGAGCUGCAGGGGCUGAGGAAAAUGAAAGACAACGUGAGGCGGGGAGCCGCGUAGCAGCCGGCCCUCCACCCGCCUGCCGAAGUGCUGAAAUUUUGCAGUCGGGACUUGAAAGUCUGAAUUAGUCCUUCGACAACGUGAGAAUGGUUUUAAAAGGCGACAGAAAUGGCAGCGGAGAGGAAGUCAAGUGUGGUGUUUGGUCUUCGAUUGCUGUUGCCAAAUGAACUGUUUGUGUUGUUUUGUGGGGGUGGGGGGACAAACCCAUCACUAAAUAAAAUACUGCGUUUUCAAAAGGAGAGUUUUCUUUUAAAAGAAACCUGCGAAUCUGUUGUACUGUGAAGAUCUUUGAUUAUUUUUUUUUUUAUGAAUGCAGCAUCCUCUAUAGAUGCAAAAAAUGUAGUUAGUCUUUAAAUGUUUCUUCUGGUCCUGAGCCAAAAGGUUUUCUACAGCCAUUUUUCUUUAGCUGUGCUGUGUCUGGGGGUCUUUAUGGUCGCAGGGCAGCAUGGUUGGGUAGGUUUCCAUCAGGACAAGGAUGUGGGACGGUGCCCUUUGCGAGAGCAUGAUUGUUUGCUGUUCCUUGGCUGUGCCCAUGCUGCAGGCACGAUGUCCUCCUGGCGUGGGAUGGUGGGUAGAGACCAACCCAGCUCUUUCUGCCUCCAUUGCUUUGUGAGGAUGUUUAUUUUCAUUACAUAGGGGUUUUAUGCUGGCAUAGACUUUACUGCGCUGGUUUUCCAAUAGUGAGCAAGCAACUUGUGGAUUUUCCCUUGCAGAGCACCGUGACGGCAGGCAGCAGCCUGGCAUCUCCUGCGCCGCCUCCACCUGGGGCCGAGGGACCGUGGUGGUGAGACCUUGUGCGGGGACACCAGACCAGCUCCCCUGGGACACUGCUGGCCCCGUGGCUCAUGGCAUCUGUCCCGUGGCCUCUUUUCGUGCGAGCCCAGAACGCUCCUCUACUCUGCCACGUCCUCGCAGGUACCGGGAAUGCCAGAACUGCAAUUUUAGAGAUCUCGGGGGCUUUAACCAAGUGUGAAUCCAUCCUACUUUACGAUCUACCCAAAAACAACUCAGUUAACAAGAGCUCAGCUACGUGUUUUCCAAAAAAAAAUUACAUAAACCAGCACAUAUUUCAAAAUGUCGAUUGACGUGUUCUUCAAAUGCUUAAAACAGACCCAAAACUCUGGUAUAGUUAGUGGAAAGUUGUGUUUGUCAAAAUUGUCAUACUUGGUUCUGUGAGAUCUCAGCCCAGCGGUUUUGUAGGAGAGAAGUUGCUGCCAGGCCAGGAUUUCAUUUGCACUAGUAAAAUUUUCAAAGAAGAAAGUACCUUCUGUAAAGAUCGUGUUACCAAGCAUCACCUCUGGAAGCUUCCCAGUGGCCGGGAGGAGCAGAGCAGGAUUUGCGCGGGAGCGAGGGGUGUUGCGUGCGGAUGCUCUGUUGCUCUCUGGUUUGAGGUAUACGUAGGCGCAGACUGAGGCUUAUGUGGCUGCUAAUCCUAAUAGAUCCCUUUAAAAGCAUAGAAUACUUCGUCGUUGUUCUCUCCAAGUGCCGAGUUUCCCCCGGUUGACUUUCAUUGAAUGCCGGCUGUAUAAAAAUCACGCUGCCAUCUAGGAAUCUCUAACUCCGGUUGCAAAAUAACUUCCUUUAUUUUUCUGCCUCUCCUUCUGAUGUAUUUAUAUAGUAUGAUUCCCAUAGGAAUUCCCUGUGUUACUUCUAUAAACGAUUCCCGUAUAAACAGAGAUCUAUACAGCAGAUGAGAAAUGAGCACUAAAAAGAAAUAAAACGACAGCUUCCGGGUUGCAAAGCCACAGAGCAGAGGGGAGAGAAGGAAGAAGAGCGGUUCAGGGGUGUCAUUUUAACUCUUUGUGUUGUAAUUGACUACAUUUCAGGUCAAUCGUGCCUCACUUAAAUCUCUUCCUUUCUCUCAAUCCCUGCAGAAGUGUUUGUACAGAGCCGGGGAAUAUCAUACAUUCCUCCGUGCAGCUUUCUCAGGGCUGGCUUUCUUCUCCCUUCUCAAAUUCAACCCUUCAGCCUCGCAGAAAGGCAUUAGGAAUCCGAUUUUUGAAUGCUUUUGUUACCUGCAUUAUUGAAAAUCCAUUCAAGCAAAUAUACUGAGCUGAGGGUUUUCUUUAUCUUGAUUAGAUGCCCCUCCUUAGCUGCAUAGUCUUGAAAUAAUUGGAAGCUUUUGUGGAUUCCACUAUCUACUCGGGGAGAAAAGAGGGGCUGGACAAAGGUAUCCCAGCCUGCAGCCAGCGUCGAGUAACGUAUCGUCCUAUAUUGUAAUAUAUUGCAAACUGCAAGGAGAACUUUCCCACCAGCAAAAGCCUUCCCAGGUGUGAAGGGCGGUGAAACCGUGAUGCUUUUUCAGGGAGCAGCGCAGAACCGGUUGACGCGUGCCACGUCAUGGAUGCUGUGACACAGGUGUCCGCGCUGGGUGCUCAGCUCCAAGGUAUCACCAGUGGCUUGUCGCAAAGGGGAAAAUAGAUUUUAACAGAGACGGAAGAUACGAAAUUCCUCCCCCCUGAAUCUGUUUGAAUGAGAUUUGCUGGUGCUUGUAGGCGAGGUGGCUGCACGGGAUGUUUCCGAGCCUGUUCGCUAAAAGGCUGGCUGAGGGAUGCUGGCAGAAGUUUAAUUUUUAUCAGCUCCUCUU